AUGGCUUCAAACGAGAGACAAACCUUUAAAGCAGAGAACAUCUUCGCCGCCCUCUCGCACCUCGGCAUCUGCGGCGAAGCACCAUGCCUAGACGGCGAGUUCCGCGGCGGCCAAUGCCACGUCUUCAAGGUCAACGUCCGGGACGCGGCAAGCCUCGCCGUGCGCGUGCCGCUGUACAUGGACAACGCCGGCGGCCGGGACGCCAAGAUCGAGGCGCUGCAGACGGAGCUGCGAAACCUCCAGGCGCUGGAGGCGAAGGGCUUCCCCUGGUCGCCGAGGUGCCGGGGGCAGAGCCUCACUUUCGACAACGCUGUCGAGCACCCCUUCCUCGUGUUGAGUUGGUUCGACGGCGCGCAGCUCUCCUGGAGCGAGGACUCUCCGCCACGGCCGGUGCGGGACAGGGUGCUCGGGCAGAUGGCCUCGAUACAGCUGGCCUUGAUUGAGUGCACCCUGGAAAAUGGUUCUACUGCGACGGCGUAUUUCGAGCGGCUCGCGGGGAACAGACGCACCCGGGUUGAGGAGGGCAGGAUCCCCGGGCUUUCGCUGCAGGACUGUGCCGACCAGCGGGCGCUUCUCGACGCAGUGCUAGGCGCAGACCGAGACGACACGGCGCUGGCCAUGGACCACGGCGACUUCAAGCCGGAGAACGUCAUCAUUGACGCUGAGUACAACAUCCAGGGGUAUACCAUCACAGACUGGGCGUUUGCGGCCCCGACUCCAAUCCCACGCGCCGCCGGCCUUCCCCGCUUCCUGUGGCCGUCGUCGUUAGUUUCCGCCCCGAGUCUAGCCGUCCAGAGGGACCGAGAGGCCUACGUCGCGUCCUUUGCCGCGCAGUCGUCGCCGGCUGCGUCGUACAUGCGGCGGUGGCAGGCCGCACGAGACAUGGACUUUUGCACGCUCUACCUGGAGUCACUCUUCAGCAAGGGCAUGCACUUUCGUUUGGCACGGGCCGGGUGGGGACUGCGUUAUCGCGAGCUUGCUGUGAAGAGGGACACGCGAAGGCUUGGAAACGCCCCUGAGAAGGAGAAUAGGUGGGUGACAGAGACCUCGUCAGAGGGCUAG